AUGGUAAAGAAGAAUCAAACAGCAGUCACAGAAUUUCUCCUCUUGGGUUUUGGAGACCUUCAUGAUCUAAAAAUUUUACUCUUUGUCCUCCUUCUGGUCAUUUACAUCAUGGCUCUAACAGGAAAUGCCCUUGUAAGCCUUUUGGUUAUGGUCAGCAAGAACCUCCAUUCUCCCAUGUAUGUCUUUCUGAGCCAGUUGUCCUUGUCUGAGAUCCUCUUCACCAGCAAUAUUCAGCCCAGUAUGUUAUGGUUGACACUGGUAGGUGGUGGAAAAAUGUCCAUUAUUAGAUGUUUAUUUCAUUCCUAUCUGCUAGCAGCAUGUGGAGUCACUCAGUGUCUGCUUUUAAUUUCCAUGUCCUUUGACCGAUACCUGGCCAUCUGCAAGCCAUUGCAUUAUACUGUCAUUAUGACAUGUAGACUUCAACUUCAGAUUGUCAGUUUAUGUUGGUCAAUGGGAUUAAUGCUGUCACUUGUAAUAUAUGUUUUCUUGUAUAGGUUAGAAUUCUGUGGUCCAGACACCAUCAACCAUUUCUACUGUGACGUUGCUCCUGUUUUGGAACUUUCGUGCUCAGAUAUUUCUUCUGUUAAGCUGGUCACUUCCAUGGUGUCCACUCCUCUCAUUGUCUGUCCAUUAUUGUUCAUUAUUGCCACCUAUAUUUUCAUCUUCCACACCAUCCUGAAGAUCUCUUCAUCCAUCAAAAGGCAGAAGGCCUUCUCUACCUGUAGCUCCCACCUCACUGUAGUUUGCCUGUACUUUGGAAGCUUGGCAUCUAUAUAUAUUUUUUCACCAAAAAGCAAUUCCUCCAAUACAAAAAGCAAUUCCUCCAAUACAAGCAAGUACCUAUCUUUGAUAUAUAUCUUGGUGACGCCAUUUUUCAACCCUGUGAUCUACAGCUUGAGGAACCAGGAUAUUAGAGGGGCCAUUAUAAAAUAUAUUCACAUUUUGGGCUCAUGGCAGCUAAAAUAG